AUGCUUGAUCGCAUUCAUGACAACCUACCUCCAAAUCAAAAGUUAGACGACAACAAUAACUACAUUCUAGGGAGUCUCCAAGGUCACAAUGUCGUAUUGGCCUAUCCGAGUUCCGGCGUGCAUGGUGAAACAUCGGCAGCUGAUGUGGCCACGCAGUUGCGCGCAAGCUUCAAAUCUGUCCGCUUCAAUCUGAUGGUUGGUAUUGGGGGAGGAGUUCCAGACACGGAGGAUACUCGUCUUGGUGAUAUUAUUGUAAGCAAGUCGACCGCUGGUCGGCCGGGUCUCGUCCAGUAUAACGUGAACUGGGAGCAGGUGGAGGAUCAGUUUAUUGGCGGCAGAGCGUUAAAUAAGCCAACACCAUUACUUCUCACAGCUAUGGGAAAAGCCGAGACAGCCGCAAUCUUCGGUGAAAGUAAGAUAUCCCAGUAUAUCUCGGAGACCUUAUCGAGAGACCCCGCCACCUUUACCUGUCCAGGCCCAGAGCAAGACGCCCUAUUUGAGCCAAAUUAUGAUCACACAACUAUGGAGCCCGAACAAAACGGGUGCAGUCAUUGCAACGUGGAUAGGAUCCGGCCCCGGCAACCACGGGAGGUACAAGGUCCAAUAGUUCAUUAUGGUCUGAUUGCCUCCGGCCAUCAUUUGAUGCGACACGGAGCGACUCGAGACGAGUUGGCACAUAAGCAAGGCGUUAUAUGUUUCGAGACGGAGGCGACCGGCUUGAAAGAUGCCGCCCAUUAUUUGGUCAUCCGAGGAGUCUGCGACUAUGCAGAUUCGCACAGUUCCACGCUCUGGCAUUCCUACGCCGCAGUAUCUGCAGCAGCAUAUGCAAAGGAGGUACUGACGUUCAUACCCAAAGUUUCCACGACGAUACCUUCGGCAAUAAACACCGAGGCCGUGCCGAUUCUCGACGCUUUGCUCUUAACAAGACCCGAAGUUGACCGAAAAUCCCUUAUUGUACUGAAAGGACGCAGAGCUGACGGUACCUGCGAAUGGCUCAUGCAAAAUCCCCGCUAUCAAGAGUGGUUGGCAGACAAAACCCAACCACUCCUCUGGAUCUCAGGUGGUCCUGGGAAAGGUAAAACCAUGCUGGCAAUUUACAUCACCGAGGUGCUACAACCAGUGGUUGACGCUGCCGAGAAUGUUCUCCUUUACUACUUCUGCAGUAACCGCGAUAAGAACCGGAACACGGCAUUGACUAUAUUAAGAGGCAUCAUACAUCAAUGAAUCGAUUUUCAUCCGCACCUGGCACAAUAUAUCAAGAACUCGUUCCAGGGGACUGAAACAACAAAAUACACCAUUUCCAGCUUUGUCUCCUUGU